AGUACUUCUAUGGAGUUGCCUACUUUGCAGAUACCGGAAACGAGACAAGAGGAAGAAGUUGGCGUUGGAGAAGAUUCUGAAGAAGUUUUACUCAACAAGAUACAAAAUAUUCAGUUACAGUUGGCAGAGAUACGUGAACUUAAAGCCAAUGCUGUUCCAUCCAAAAGAGUUUCCAAUGUUUCUUCAUCGAGACUUGGAAAGGACUUUACCAGUCGAUUGUUGGUAGUUACUAGUCGACUUCCUGUGAUGGUUGACUGGUCAAUUAGAAAUAAACCAACAAUUACAGUUAGUUCAGGAGGUUUAGUUCCUGCCAUAUUUUAUUUGAAGAAGAAGUUUCCAGUUUAUUGGUUUGGUGCUUUGGGUAGUUGUUGGGAUAUGGAAAAACAAGAUAUUCUAAAGCACAAGUUGCAAACCGAAUAUGGUUUUAUUCCUGUCUUUUCACAGUUUCAUGACUAUGAGUUGUAUCAAUCCUUUUGUAAUUCGGUAUUAUGGCCACUCUUUCAUUAUUUGUUAUUACAUGUGGAAGGAGAAAGAUCCUUUCGAUUGGAAGCUUGGGAAGCUUAUAAAAGAGUAAAUAUGGAUUUUGUCAAAGUCAUCAUGGAACAUUAUGAAAGUGGCGAUUUUAUUUGGAUACACGAUUUUCAUCUUUUGUUGGUUCCUAAAAUGAUUCGUGAAAGAUGUUCAAGUGCUUCAAUUGGAUUCUUUCUACAUACUCCAUUUCCCUCUUCUGAGGUUUAUCGAAUGCUUCCUAAUCGAAGAGAACUGAUCGAAGGAGUUUUAGGAUCGGAUUUAAUAGGAUUCCAUUCUUAUGAUUAUGCUCGUCAUUUCCUAAGUGUUUGUAGUCGAUUAUUGGGACUCGAUGUUCGUCCCAAUGCAGUGGAUAAUCGAACGAGUCAAGUAAGCAUUGGAAUAUUUCCAUUGGGCAUAGAUACGACUUUAUUUUCCAAAGCAUUGGAAACUCGAAUAGUAAAAGACCGAAUACAACAGUUAAGAAGCGAAUUCAAAGAUAAAAAGAUUAUCAUUGGAGUGGAUCGAUUGGACUAUAUUAAAGGAAUUCCUCACAAACUGUUAGCCAUCGAAUGUUUUUUGGAUACUUAUCCUGAAUGGAUUGGCCAUUGUGUCUUUAUUCAAGUUGCUAUUCCUUCGAUAUCUGCUUCAGGAGAUUACUAUCGAUUUCGUGCUGAAAUGUAUCAACUGGUUGGUAGAUUGAAUGGAAAGUUCUCUUCCAUGGAUUAUGUUCCUAUUCACUUUCUCAAUCAAAUGAUUUCUUUUGAAGACUUGUGUGCUUUAUAUUCAGUAGGCGAUGUUGCUAUGAUUACUUCUUUGAGAGAUGGUAUGAAUUUGGUAUCUUAUGAAUAUAUUUAUUGUCAAUACAACAAUUAUGGUGUUUUGAUACUUUCAGAAUUGACAGGUGCAGCACAUUCCUUACCAGGUGCCAUAUUAUGUAAUCCUUGGAAUACAGAAGAAGUUGCCGAUUGUAUUCACAAAUCACUAGUCAUGUCUGAACAAGAACGAAGAAUGAAACAUCAAAAGCUCUAUCGUUAUGUGAUUUCUCAUACUUGUAUUUCUUGGGGCGAUCAUUUUGUUGCUGAUUGGUAUCAAACGAUAACGGAACGAAGACAAAUGGAAUUGCAAUUGCAACCUUUACAUAUAGAAAGUAUUUUGGAAUCUUAUCAAACAAGUCAUCGGAGAUUGUUGUUGUUAGAUUACGAUGGAACUUUGACAAGUUAUCGAACAUUGCCUGAAUUAGCGAGGCCUACUUCUCAUUUGGUGCAUAUUCUAAAGAAACUCUCAUCCAACAGAAGAAAUAGAGUAUUUGUGAUAAGUGGAAGAGAUAAGAAUACGUUGAGCAGUUGGUUGGCUAUGACAGGAACUGGAUUGGCAGCUGAAUAUGGAUUUUAUUAUUGUUGGCCUAAAAAUGAAGAAAUAAAUGACAACGAACCAACGAGAGAUAAGGAUUGGGUUCCUUUAUGGUAUUCGUUGAUAUCCAAUGAGAAGAACAUUUCGUGGGAAAGAAUAAGUCAAUCAUUGAAUGUGGCAAAGGAUAUAUUGAAAAGAUUUGAAGAUUGUACACCGGGGUCGUUUAUAUCAGAAAAAGAAACUUGUUUGACAUGGCAUUUUAGAGAUGCCGAUCCAGACUUUGCAUAUUCACAAGCGAUGGAAGCAAGACAACAUUUGGAACAAGCUUUGAUGGAAACUCCUUUGGAGAUAUUGAUGGGACAAAAGAUUCUCUAUGUUCGUCCUAAAGGUGUGGAUAAGGGUUCCUUUGUACAAUUCAUCUUAACAAAAUUACAACCACAGUCACCAGACUUUAUUCUUUGUAUAGGAGAUGAUCGAACAGAUGAACAGAUGUUUCAACAAGUAGAAUCAACACAAGCUCAAGUAAGUGAUUGGACUUUCAUAUGUAUAUCGAUAGGCAAAUGUUUGUAGGUAUUUAAUUGCAUAGUUGGA